UAUGUUUCGAAUCUCUUCUGAACACCUCCAUCUUUUUUGGACUAUUUUCGCUUGUUCUCUUUCUCCGCCGACGCGGUUUAAUUAGCAGUAAAUUCGGGCUUUAGGAAAAGGUGAAAGCGGCUUGGUGUACUUCGUGCUCAGCGCAUUUCCGCCCUCAUUUACUCAGCUCGCUCCCUGCAGGUGAUUUCCUAUUAAAGGAGCCAUCCGUGUCGAAACAGCACAAAGACCACGGGUGAGGAGGAGAGGAAGCUCCAAUUUAUUCACAUAAUCACUGCUUCUGAGCUGCCUCCUCAAAUACGGAUAUUGAUGACAUGAGGAGAAUGCACAAAUUAAAUACUCCUUCAUGGAACCCUUUUUUAAGCAUUUACCAAAAAAAAAAAAAAAAAAAAACGAUAUUCUUUGUUAACUCUAAAAUAAACUCAAUUUCACUCCAGUUAUAUGCGUAAACUGUCUACAUAUAGGCUACAUGAUUCCCAGGAUAUUAAUUAACAAUAUAUCCUACAAUAGAUAUAUUUCAUUCCGGACAUUUCAAUAUAAUUAAUCAACGAUGUCCUUAAACCAUUUUUUUCGGUUUGUUAACGAAAUAAUUUGACUUCUUUAUUUGACUUCUUUCCUGUAUAGAUUUUUGUUGUUUGUUGGGGUUUGUAAACAACCUAUCUUCAUUUCUUUUUAAGGGACUACAUAUAUCUGAGUACAUAUACACAUACGCCAUAUAGCUACGCUCUCUUUAACAGGGAAAAGCUGUUAUUUGUAAAUAAGCCUGAGAAUUAUUGAAAUUGGUUUUAAAUUAAUAUUAAAUAUAUUAAAUUAAUAGUUUUCAUAAAUAAGCAACCCUUUUUUUCUUUUAUUUUUCAUUCUUUCUGUCUUUCUUUUUUUCUUUCCCUUUUUUUUUUUUUUUUUUUUUUGUUGUUGUUGUUGUUGUUGUUGAAAGAGCUGUUUGAAUAAGCUGCUCCUGAAACUUUAACAUUAAAACUGAUUGAAAGGUGAAAGGUCGUUUCUUGGAGUGUCAUUGUAAAUUUUCACUAGUAGGCUUGUUUAUACCUAUUUUUUUUUUUUUUUAAAUAUCCUAAAUACUCCUAUAUUUUUUUAACUCAUUGUUCCAUAUUGUAUUUGUAUUUGAGUUGUAUUUUUUUGUGUUUGAUUGAUUGUUUUUGUUGUAAAACGCUUUGAGAAUGCAACUUUUAUAUGUGCAAUACAAAAUAAAGAUAUUAUUAUUAUUGUUUUAUUGUUAUUAUUAUUAAUAUUAUUAUUAUUAAUGUUAUUAUUAUUAUUAUUAUUAUUAUUAUUAUUAUUAUUAAUAUUAUUAAAUAGGCAAGCCUAUUGCUGAAAAUGUUGGUAAGUUUUGAGCUAAGUAAAAUGACAGGGGUUAAUAUUAGCAUAGUGGCCUGUAGGCUAUUUUAAACACCCAAAUAUAUUUCACUACGUGUUCCAUGUUAUUAUCUGUAAGGGUCAAAGGUUAGCAUUUCUCCCAAAUCCACAUUUCACUUUAGCUGUCGAGAUGCGACUGUCCAAUAGGAACGCAGGCUCGAGCUCGAGCUGGCCAAUGAGAGCAGGGGCGGCAGCAAGACAACACGGGGGGCGGGGCUUUCCUGAGGCUCAACUAGGGAGUUUGGAAUAGUGCAUGGAAGCAAAUUAAGACACUCGCAUCCUUCCAGCAGAAAUCUGUGGAUAAAAUUCUCGCACCAUUUUUUUGCCCUCCUGCAUUUGCUGUGGAGUUCCCCGCUGUACCUGUACCUGUACCUGCACGAGACUGAGUCUGGAUAUUUCAUGUAGUGGAAUGGUACAUCCGGGAGCGAGAGAAAAUCAAAGUUUGGCUUGUGAUGCAAAGGUGAACAGGGACGUGAGCAUUUCAUUAUGGAUGUUAUUCCCGUAUGAAGAAAUGUCGGGUCCCGGUGGAUUUGGCGCUGAAUGAAGAAAAAAGCUGUUCAAUGCGGAUAAACCUCAGAAAACCUCAGAAAACCCCGCGCGCAUUUUAUUCGAUAUGAAAUCUCAGUGUCAUUUCCUUGCGCUUGUAAGACGCUCCGAGGUCGUUAGGCAUUUUUUUGGGAAACGUUGAGGAAUGUGUGCGACUGACGCGCUCCAUCUGAGUGAAGGCCAGCUCCAGGCUCUGUGUACCAGUGAUCUGAUGAUGGUCAAACUCCGCUGAAGUGAAAGCUUGUGUGUGUGUGUGUGUGUGUGUGUGUGUGUGUGUGUGUGUGUGAGUGAGUGAGUGAGUGUGUGUGAGUGAGUGAUUAUUUCUUUGCUCUUGGUUCCUGGAAGCGCGAUCCAAACACUGGCGGGGUGUCGAGCACCGUGCAGCUCUGAAGAUAAUGAAAGAGAAGUCGAAAAAUGCGGCCCGGACGCGGCGGGAGAAGGAGAACAGUGAGUUUUAUGAGCUGGCGAAGCUGCUGCCGCUUCCCUCCGCCAUCACAUCUCAGCUCGACAAAGCCUCCAUCAUCCGCCUGACCACCAGCUACCUGAAAAUGAGACUGGUGUUUCCCGAAGGUUUGGGGGAAUCAUGGGGUCACGUGAGCAGAGCCAGCUCUCUGGACAAUGUGGGCCGUGAGCUCGGAUCCCAUUUACUACAGACUUUGGACGGGUUUAUUUUCGUGGUCGCACCGGAUGGAAAGAUCAUGUACAUUUCGGAGACUGCUUCCGUGCAUUUAGGCCUGUCACAGGUAGAGCUGACGGGGAACAGUAUUUAUGAGUACAUCCACCCCGCUGAUCAUGAUGAGAUGACCGCAGUGCUCACCGCGCACCAGCCUUACCAUUCUCACUUCGUGCAGGAAUAUGAAAUGGAGCGCUCUUUCUUUUUGAGAAUGAAAUGCGUCCUUGCCAAAAGAAACGCAGGCUUGACGUGCGGCGGCUAUAAGGUGAUUCAUUGCAGUGGCUACCUAAAAAUCCGUCAGUACAGCUUAGACAUGUCUCUGUUCGAUGGCUGCUAUCAGAACGUGGGUCUGGUCGCCGUGGGUCACUCAUUACCCCCCAGUGCGGUGACUGAGAUCAAACUCCACAGCAACAUGUUCAUGUUCAGAGCCAGCCUGGACAUGAAGCUCAUCUUCCUUGACUCCAGGGUGGCGGAGCUUACUGGCUAUGAGCCACAGGAUUUAAUAGAGAAGACGCUUUACCAUCACGUCCACAGCUGUGACACCUUUCACCUACGCUGUGCACACCACUUGUUGUUGGUGAAGGGUCAGGUCACUACAAAGUACUACAGGUUUUUGGCUAAGGAAGGUGGCUGGGUAUGGGUGCAGAGCUAUGCAACCAUUGUACACAACAGCAGAUCCUCCAGACCUCACUGUAUUGUCAGUGUGAACUAUGUCCUCACGGAAACUGAGUAUAAAGGUCUUCAGCUGUCCUUAGACCAAGCGGCAUCCAACAAACCAUCGUUUACCUACAGUAGUCCCUCCAACCCGGUCAGCGACAGCAGGAAGGCGAGUAAAAGCAGGGUGUCCCGCACCAAACCCAAAACGCGCCUCUCUCCUUACCCACACUAUCCAGGCUUCCACACUGAGCGCUCCGAGUCUGAUCAGGACAGUAGUCCAUGGGGUGGGAGUCCUCUGACUGACUCUGCCUCCCCACAGCUAUUAGAGCAAAGUGAAAGCAUGGAUGCAUCCUGUGUGUACCGCCAGUUCCCAGAGCCCCGCCCUCUGUGCUACAGCCUGCCUCUGUCUGAGGAGCAUCACACAUCCAGCGAUCACCAAGGUCACAGUCAUUCACAGGCCUGCGAGCGUGGCCGCUGUGAGGCUGGCAGAUACUUCCUGGGUACUCCACAGUCUGGGCGUGAGGCGUGGUGGGGCGCCGCCCGAUCGCUCCUGCCUCUACCCAAGUCCCCACCUGAGAAUGGAGAUGGGUAUGAGUGUGCAAUGCCCCACAUCACCUCCAUCCACAGCCUACAUGUGAGAGGCCACUGGGAUGAGGACAGCAUGGUCAGCUCUCCAGAUGCUGGCUCAGCCAGUGACUCAGGCGACCGAUAUCGAAUUGAGCACUUCCGCUCGAGCCCACAGGAGCCCAGCAAGAUCGAGACUCUAAUCCGGGCCACGCAGCAGAUGAUAAAAGAGGAGGAGAGCCGGCUGCAGCUGAGGAAGAGUGGUACUGAACCAUCUCUUGGGCCCGCUAAUGGUCUAGCUAAGAGCACCAGCUCCUGCUUCAGUAAUGAGUUUGCCCAGUCAGCGCUUCAGGGAGUUGUGUGUCGGGGUUCAGCUCAGGUGAUCAGCCCCGCCCCCAGCCCCACCCCUCUGUCUCGCCUCAGCAGCCCCAACUCUGAGCGGUUGGCCAAAGCCAAAGAUUUCCUGCAGACUGAGAUUUCGUCUCCGCAGCAGCAACAGCUGGGCCUUGCGGGCUCCUGCGCCGUCUCUCCCACCCCCGCAGUCUACCCCUCUCAUCCACGCCAGUAUCUGGACAAACACACUGCCUACUCACUCAGCAGCUACACACUGGAGCACCUCUAUGAGGCAGACAGCUUCAGAGGAUACGCACUAGGCUGUGCAAGCUCCUCCCACUAUGACAUGACCUCUCACCUGCGCAUGCAAGCCGAGCAAACCACCAGCCAUAAAGGGACCUCCGUCAUCAUCUCCAAUGGCAGCUGACGCUCAGACCCUGACUAUGUCUCCCAAAAGAGACAAAACACUCAGUAGUUCAGUAGUGUCCUGUUCUGAGAGCUUUUAUGUUUAUAUUUGCAUUGCUUAGAAGGAUCCUAGACCUCAGUAUUAAGGUAACUCCAUUCAUGCAUUUAAAGUACCGAUGAUUCAGAGGAACAAUAUUUUGAAAAGUCACUAUUGUACAAGAGUAGCUAUUUAAGGAGGUUUUUAUGUCACAAACUACACUACAGUUUGGGAAAGGAAGUGACUGGUCAAGGAGAAAGACUAAUAUUAUAAACAGGGCUAUGUCCCAAUGAGGAAAAAGGCCAAAAUCAUAAUUAUUUAUGAAUACAAAUUGAGAUUAUCUUCACAAAAAUGUAAGUGCAUCAGUAUCAAUCAGUAUUUUUUAUGUUGUUUUUUUUUGUUUUUUUUUUACUUAUACAAUGGAUUGAAUGAUCUAAUUGUCUAUAAUGAUUAUGGUGAUUUGAGUGACAUUAGUCCCUUUUGAAUUUUUGUAUUUGAGUGCUCUCACACCCAUUUAUGUCCCAUUCAUUGUUUUCCACAAGCAAAUGAAUUAGUGUUUUAAAUAUAACCCACCUUCCAUGUAUGGAAAAAAAAAAAGAUGAGACAUUACAUUUUAUCAUUGUACAAAAAAGAAAUCUGACACAUCCAAAUCUAGCAGCAAUCAGACCUUAAAAAAAAGGUUUACAGUAAUGAAUUGGUUUUAAUUGGUGGGUUUCAUCACAAGUUUGUUUUAAUAGCUGCAAUAACGUCACUAUUUCUGAUAACAAUUGGAAGACAUGUUCGAGAAAUAUAUACAUUUUUGUUUCAGAUUCUAAAUACUGAAUUAAAUUGUAAUGGUUUGAUGUGUCAGAGUAUUUGUCUUAUAUAAACAUUUGACUUCAACAAGCAAAUAUUCCACCACUCUAGUACAAACCGAGCCAAACUGUGCUGUGGAAAUCAGUGAGGCGGUUUACUGCGAAUCAUAGCUGCAGUGAACUUCUGACUUUUUAGCAGUAUAGCUAAAUUAUCCCAAUUUUUCAAUUCUAUUGACCUUAGUUGAAUAUAUUUCACACACAUGGCAUGAUGGGGGAAAUGUUGUGGCUGCAGGCUGUAACUGGUAAAGCAGGAUGUGGAAUUCUUUAUGCGAUUGUGGACUGCGUGAAUGUGGUGUGAUGGAUGUGGAAGAAGGAGGUACAGUAAUAGGAGGUGGGAUAGGUCUGGUGGUUUGUGAUAUGAAACGCGGAUACAGACUGACAGGGACAGAGCUGUCUGAGCCUCAGCUCGUCCGUCUCCUCUGCUCUCAGGCUGCUUUCUGGCCGGGAGAAACUGGCUCUCUUUGAGACUGCAGUGUUUUCUUACAUUGAGGAAAAUCCUUCUCUAAAUUUAUUUAUGAUGUAAAUAAGCUAAAAUAUGUUUUGAUGCACAAGUGGCAAAUGUAUUUAUUAUGUGAAUGAAAAAAAAAAAAGUUUUCAUUUCGGAUUUAAAUAUAGUUCCAUUCAAACCAGAGUGUCCUCUUUAAUUUGUACCUCAGUCUUUUGAAUUAAUAUUGCCUAAAUGCCAUUUUCACACAAUUACAUUUACACACAAUUAUGUUUAUACACAGUUACAAUUAUCAAUUCA